AUGUCUGAAAUACUAAAACAAUUAGAAAAUAAUCCUCAAGAUAUAUUCAAAUUUAAAAACGAUGAUAAAAUAAACCUGUUUAAUGAAUUAGCCAGAAGUUUAUUAACUCCAGUGGUGAAAAAAUACUCAGUUUUGGAUGAUAUUUACAUUGAUGGAUUAGAUUCAACUCAAGUUUAUGGUCAAACUAAGAUGGUAUUAGAUGGAAUUGGUCUGAAAUUGUUAGGAGAUGAAAUACCGAGUUUAAAAGAGGAGUAUCCAGAAGAAGAAGAGGAAGAGGUGGAAAAUGAAGAUGAAGAAGAUCAAGAGGAAUUAGAUAAAAAUGAAUCAAAUGAAGAAACAGCACAUGAAGAAGAGAUAGAACCAGAAGAGGAACCAGAGGAGGAGCCAGAAGAAGAAAGUCAGUUUGAUGAAGAGGAAGAAAUUUCAGAAGAAGAAGAACCAAAAAUUAAAAAAGAUGCCUUUGGAUUAAAUGAUGGAUUUUUUGACAUUGAUGAGUAUAAUAAACAAGUUAUGGCUUUAGAAAAUGAACAAAAUGAUGAUGAAGAAAUAGAUUAUUUUGGAAGUCUAAGUGAUGAAUCAGAAGAAGAAGAAAUGGAAUAUUAUGAUGAUUUUUAUGACAAACCAGGUAAUACAAAAGAGACAGAACACGAAGAAGAAGAAGAAGAAGAAGAAGAAGAAGAAGAAGAAGAAGAAGAAGAAGAUUAUGACAAUUUCAAUGAUGAUGAAUAUGAUAAUGCCAUCCAAUCCACAAGACUUGAUCUUUUCGCUGAUGAAGAACCACAACCACAAGAAAAUCUAUCAUCUUUUGAAAAACAACAAAGAGCUAUACAAGAAGAAAUAUCCAAAUUAGAAGCAGAAUUAGUUGCUGAUAAAAAAUGGACAAUGAAAGGUGAAAUUAAUUCAGCUCAACGUCCAACAGAUUCAUUAUUAGAUGAAACUGAAUUAUCCUUUGAUCGUACAGCAAAACCUGUACCUGUAGUAACAGAAGAAAUAACAGAAACAAUUGAAGAUUUAAUACGUAGAAGAAUUAAAAAUGAUGAAUUUGAUGAUUUACCAAGAAGAUUAAUAAGUGAUAUAACAAAAGUUUCAAAACCUAAAGUUGAAGUUUCAGAAACAAAACUGUCAAAAUCAUUAGCUGAAUUAUAUGAAGAUGAAUACAAUAAUGUUGAAGAAGAUGUAAAUGAAGAAGUUAAAAAAGAACAUGAAGAAAUUAGAGAAUUAUUUACAAAUUUAUCCCAUAAAUUAGAUGCAUUAUGUUCAGCUCACUUUAUACCAAAACCACAUCAAAGAAAAACAAUCGAUAUUAAAGUUACUGAUAAUUCAGCACCAUCAAUUAGUAUGGAAGAUGCACAACCAUUACAUGUAUCAAAUGAAGCUGCAUUGGCACCACAAGAAAUUUAUAAAAUUGGAGAUGAUCCAAUUAAAGCUGAUAAACUGGGUAAAUCAGAAGUACUUCUUAAAUCUGGUUUAUCAUAUACUAAAGAUGAAUUAAGUCGAGAAGAGAAACAAAGAUUAAGAAGAGCUAAUAAAAGAAAAAAAGCUAAAACUUUUAAAGAAAAUAAAAGACAAAAACCAACAACAGUUAUGGAUACAUUGUCACAGGGUAAUGUAACUGUUAUUGAUAAAAAAGGUGAUUUACGUGAUGUAAAAGGUAAUCUUAAAAAAACUCAAACAAAUUCAACAAAUAAUUUAAAAUUAUAA